UGAGCCGCCUCUUGACGUCUGGAACCUGCUGUGCAAGUCAGGGCGGGCGCGGCGCUGCCUUCUGUCCUCGGCGGGCGGCGGGAGAGAAAGACGAGGGGCUCGGCUGGCCGGAAGAUGCAUGCCCGGGCAUGAGAGCGGCGCCUGGCCGGGCAGGCGAGGAGACCCGCGCCGCCGCCCUGGGGCUUCGAUCGGGCACCUGGCGCCGCGCUGGAGGGCAGGAAGCGGGAGCCGCCGCUGCGGCAGGGAUGGUGAAAAGUUGAUGUGCCAAACACCAAAAUGAGUGUGACAUCGUGGUUCCUGGUGAGCAGUGCGGGCAUUCGCCACCGGCUCCCUCGGGAGAUGAUAUUCGUUGGUCGAGAGGAUUGUGAGCUAAUGCUCCAGUCUCGCAGUGUGGAUAAGCAACAUGCUGUCAUCAAUUAUGACAAGGAGAAGGAUGAGCACUGGGUGAAGGACCUGGGAAGCUUAAAUGGGACUUUUGUGAAUGAUGUACGGAUUCCCGACCAGAAAUACAUCACGCUAAAGCUGAAUGAUGUGAUUCGCUUCGGCUAUGAUGCCAAUAUGUAUGUGCUAGAACAUAUCCAGCACAAGGUCCCAGAAGAAGCACUAAAGCAUGAGAAGUACACCAGCCAGCUUCAGAUGAGCUUCAAAGGCAUGGCAAUGAAAAGGGCGGAGCAACGAAUGGAACAUGGCGGAGAUACUGAAUCGCCCCAAGCCAAGCUGGAGAAAGGCGAGAAAAAAGCAAUUACAGAGACUACAAGUACUUACCGCACACCUCUUUAUGGUCAGCCAUCAUGGUGGGGAGAGGAUGAUACUAAUAAUAAGUUCGAAUCAACAGAUGACCGGAGGCCAGAAGAACAGUAUUCAGAAAGAACAAAAGACCUAGCCCAACACGAGGAAGAAAUAAAUGGCAACAUCACUGGCUACAGAGAUCCUCAAGGAGAGUCUGUCUAUGCAUUCCGGAGGGAACCUAGUUACUUUGAAAUCCCAACAAAAGAAUUCCAGCAGCCUGUGAAGUCCCCAGAAGUCCACGAGAUCCCCACCAAAGACGUCGACACCCCAGCGCCGCCUGUCGUGCAUAGCCACGCUUCUUUCACCAUUGAGUUCGAUGACUGCACCCCAGGUAAAAUCAAGAUAAAGGACCACGUCACCAAAUUUUCACUCAGGCAGAGACGGAACCUUGGCAAGGAAGCUGCUCACGUGGAAAUGAUUUCGGCGGAGAGCAAAGUGGCUGACUGGCUGGUACAGAAUGACCCGAGCCUCAUGAGACGGCAGUCCCCCGGGGAUGAUGUAUAUAGUACCAAGAGUGAUCUUCCAGUUCAUGUCAAGACUCUGAAAGUCAACAGACAUGAAGAUGGGACACAGAGUGACUCAGAAGACCCGGUAGCACCGAAGCCAGAAAAGGAGACUGCCAGCACUGACCACCAGGCUGAGCAAGGCAAGCUCCAGCGCCAAAUUCGACGUGACCCCCAGGAAAUGCUCCACAACCAGCAGGCCUUUGUCAUAGAGUUUUUUGAUGAUGACACACCACGGAAAAAGAGAUCACAGUCUUUCACUCACAGUGGCCACUCUGCCCAGAGUGAAGUGGAUGCCACCUUGAAGGCCAAGGUCGAGAAACGCAAGAUCACUGUGCCUGCUGAAAAACCAGGUAGCUCUGUGCCAUCACCACAUAUGCCCACGGCUGGAAUCAAAGGCCCAAGCAAUUCUUUUACUACUCCGAGGGCUGGUUCCUUUAAGAGGGAGAAGACAGAGGAACGGAUUAGCUCUUCCUUGUCCUCCACAUCAAGGACGUCUGUAAAAAGUCAUGGUAGUGUGGGGAGAAAGUCCAAAAUCGCUCAGGAUUUUGUUGCUGAGUAUUUACGGGAGAGCUCUCCUGCUGGAAAAGCCAACACUGAGAAGGCACCUGCUACUUCUCUGCCACUAACCCCACGGGUCACAGCAUCACCGUCAGCACCAGAACCGAUCCCAUCGCCAUCUGUGGAUCCUAAGUUGGUCAAAGCUCGGAAACAUGAGGAAGAGGACAGCUUAAGCGAAACGGGCACAUAUACCAUUGAGACCGAGUCGCAAGAUAAAGAAGUAGAAGAGGCUCGGAAAAUGAUCGAUCAGGUUUUUGGUGUUUUGGAGUCCCCUGAAUUUUCCAGAAUUUCGUCAGCCUUCCGGCCUGUUAUAAAAGGUGAAAAAGAUGAAUUGGGGACCCAUCAUUUGAUUGGUGAAAAUGGAUCGAGCCCAAAGGUGACAAUGAUGCAAGUCAUCGCUUCUAAAGUGGCCAGUGGACAUCACGCAGACAUGCAGUUACCAACAUCUCAGAGUGGACAGAAAUGGGUGUCCAGAUGGGCGAGCCUUGCAGAUAGCUAUACAGACUCAGGAUCUGCAGCUGGAGUGGGGGAUGCCCAUCAGCCAAGCUCCCUCUCUCAGGCUGUUGCAGAUAAGGACCCUGGUUCCAGGGUGGGAGAAUCUGAGAGCUGCAUGGUGUCGCGGACAAGGCGUCUUCUUCCCCCACUCCCUCCAGGUGACAAAUCUGAAACUCCACCGCCAACCAUUUUAAUCUGUCAAGAGCCCUAUUCUGAUGUUUCCCAGAGGAAUGCUGCCAAUGCCCAUGGGGGAGAAAUCUACGUGGAUCCUGCCAGCCGGCUGAUAAUUCAGGAAGAUUUAGAUCCUGACAGCCUCAGUGAUGCCAGCAAAUCUGAUGAUGGCUUCAGCUUGGAGAAAGGCCGGAAAUGCCAUGAUGGCACCAAAAUGUCUGAACAGGAUCAGGGAAGGGCCGAAAGUGCAAAAGCCAAAAGUCAUCCAGCCACAGUGUCAAGGCUUCUGGGUCUGAGAGGUUCGAGUGAUCCCCUGUCAACAUCUUUUUAUAUUGGUGAUGAAGAAGAGGAGGGAAGAGUUCCUUCAAAGCUUCCUUCAAGCACCACUCCAUCUCGGAUGGACAAAGAAGAGGCUCCUUCCAAGUGUGGGAAGGCAUCCAUUAAUAAAGGCAUUAAUAAUAGCUACGUUAGUUCAAAUGGAAAAAUGGUACUUUCAUUGCAUCAGGGGCUUCCUCUUCCAGAAGAAGAAGUUGUAGCCACAAAAGAAGUGUCUUCUUUCGUUCGGCAGGAAAGCUUCACCAAAGAGAAAUCAAGCAGUAGUGUCCCUCAGAACAGGCUACCGCACAUCUCAAGCCACCCUCUGCUUAAAGAUCUUGAUGCUGCACGAGCAAAUCGUAUGGACUAUAAUCCAGACACCCACCUCCUCCUCAAAGACACUGAAACUGCUCUGGCAGCCUUGGAAGCCAAAAUACUCUGCCAAAGCCAGCAGCUUGAUGUUCCGGAAAGCACCCCAGGACAGUUAGAAGACUCCUUAUCUGGGGAUUCUGAUGUGGACACAGCCAGCACUGUCAGCGUGGUGAGUGGCAAAAACAUGCCAACACACCCUCCAAAGCGUAAAUCUGGCACAGCCCUGCAAAAAGAGAAGCCUUCUUCCACGCCAACUGUCCAAGACCAGAGUAUUCAACCAAGCGCCCGUGAAAGGCUUUCAGAGAAACGGAAAACCGUUCCUCUUGAGACAGGAAACAAAGGUGAAAGCGUAAAACGUUUCCAAGGCAAGCGUGGCACAGGGACAGGUGGGUCUCUGGACUACACUGAUGAUGAGCGAAGUACGAACCUUACCUGUUUAGCAGCAGGUGAAGCAGCCUCCUCUGACCAAGAACAAAACUCCUCAAAGCUCAUCUCUAGAAAAAAGCCUUUCUCACAGUCCACCAAAGAAGAACACAACAAAGUGACACCCACGGUGCAGAAGAUCCAGCAGGUUCUCACGCGAUCAAACAGUUUAUCUACCCCAAGGCCCACAAGAGCCUCGAAGCUUCGCCGUGCCCGCCUGGGAGAUACUUCGGAUAAUGAGAGUGCUGAUACUGAAAAAACGAAGGAACACGAAGGAACAUCGGUACCUUCCAAGCAGCCUGUGGAAACCAAAAAGUUGUCAAGGCUUGACAUCCUGGCAAUGCCACGGAAACGGGCAGGAUCCUUCACGGUGCCAAGUGACUCCGAGAGCACCCCACCAAGACCGACGUUUUCUGGACGCAGUGCAGAGUCGUAUUAUUCCACCCGGAAGCCACCUGUGUCAGAAGCCCGAAAUGCUGCUCGGAAAACAGCUGCGGCGGUCGCGGCUUCUAAGCAGCCUUUUAGUAGGACACGAUCCAGCGGUGUCAAAUAUGCCUCUUCUUCCACUUCAAGGCGGCGGCAGCUGGGCUCAGAUUAUACUUCUACCUCCGAGGAGGAGUAUGGCUCAAACCACAGCUCCCCAAAACACAAACGCUCCCAUACUUCAACAGCCACCCAGACGCCCAGGACCCGCAGCUCCGGGGUGAGCAAGCAGAAGCACAGCAACAGCAAGGAGACAGAAGAUGAGGACUACGAGGAGCACGACCCAUUCAGCUUCAUGGCGCAGACGGCAGAGAUCGCCGAAAUCGCCAGACUGAGCCAGACCUUGGUGAAGGACGUAGCAAUCCUUGCCCGGGAGAUCCAUGAUGUUGCUGGAGAUGGAGAUUCCCAGAGCUCGUCGGGAACAGGACCAAGCACCUCCCAUAGUUCUGUGCCAAACACCCCUGCUUCAACUAUAUCAGCAAGGGAAGAGAUUGCUCAUUCAUCUUCGCGGGCAGCAAUUCCAUCGCAGCUGGUGCAGCACAUACCAGAAGCAAGUCUAAACUUCCAGAAGGUGCCUCCUGGUUCAAUGGAAUUCCAUGAUUUUGACCAAAAUAUGAAUGACAGCAGAGAGGAGGAUCAGACGAGAAAAACAAGGAUAAGAAACAGGGAAGAGGUCAUCUUUGACAACUUGAUGCUCAACCCCGUGUCCCAGUUAUCCCACACCAUCCGGGAAAACACCGAGAACCUGGCAGAGAAAAUGAAAAUUCUGUUCCAGAAUACUGAGCGGACAUGGGAGGAGAUGGAGGCCAAAAUUAAUUCCGAGAAUGAAGUGCCAAUUCUAAAGACCUCAAACAAGGAAAUCAGUUCUAUUCUGAAGGAGCUACGCAGAGUCCAGAAACAACUUGAAGUUAUAAAUGCCAUCAUUGACCCAAGUGGGAACUUGGAUGCGCUUACCAAUAACAAAUCACCUUCUGCUAUGCCACAGUCUGCAGCCACGAAAGUCAGGACUGCUAACAACAUUUCUGGGUCCAUGCUGGAGGCUUUGUCCCCUGUCAAGAAAAGGAAUUACGCACAGAAAUCGAACUUUGGUUCUACCAGCCUGCAGGAUACUCCCUUUGUUCCAGACGGGGAGAAAUACGUGAUCUAGCAGCAUAUUUUCUAUUGCUUAUCCUCUUGUGUGUGACUUAAUGUGGCGUUAGUAUUGUGUAUGAGUGGUUGUGGGCAAGUCCGCAUGGAGGAGUUGUUUAGAUUGCUAACAUAUUGCACAAAAGAAACACAAGAUACAGUCUGUGCUGUGUGGGAGUGAGUGGCAGGGCAGGCCUCUGUGUGUGCCUUUGAGAAGAAAAAAACUAGCACUGUGGACUGGCACACUUUCAGCAUAGAGGCAGAUUUUUAACAGAAGGAUAACCAAUGCAUAUUCCUCCAAUGUGCCAUAGCAAAACGGGCUUUGCGUAUUCUUCACUCCGUACUGCCGAAGCUCUACUAUGUUCUUGUAUUUAGCCUGUUCAUAGCUAUCUGUUUAGUUGUAUAGAGGCGCUCUUUGAAAAUGUACCUUUCAGGGGUGGUGGUGCUCUAUAUUUAAUUGAAAACACAGAGCAUUAAAUCAUUCUGCUGGAAUGGACUUUUUCAUACUUGCUGGGUUGAGCAAUGCAGUGUGGACGGGUUCUUUCAGAAGUCCACAAGCAGUUCCUUGCAAACCCCUCUUCAAGGUGAGCAAAAAAAGAUGACCGAGUGUCAUUCUACCUGCAGCCAUACAGCUUUUGCGAUUUCACUGGGAAAGGGUAAGAGUGCAGGUGAUGGAAAGCUAGUGUUCAAGUUGGCACCAUUGUUUUUCUUGCUGUGAUUCUGUCAAAAAAAUUCCCUAGAGCAGGCAAACCAAUGACUGGGUCAGGAUCGCAUGUAGCAGAUUUGCCAAAUUUGUACAAUUUCAUGAUAGUUGCUGCAUGGCAAUGCUUUUAUGUAGUCCUAAUGUCUUUUAAUACAAUCUGCAAAGUCCUCUGUUUGCUGCAUAUAAUUUUGGAGGGUCAUUCUCAUGUUUGGGCUACUAUUAAGGGUGCAGUCAUGGCCCCCUCCUUCCAUGUCUCAACAUUUUAUAUAUCUCCAUAGGCAACUUCUGAACACAAGAGUAUAGGUCACCUUUGCACUCACGAAAAUCCUGUAUUGAGCGGUAGAAGUGGCACGGCUCCACAUCCUGCCAAGCUCCAGGAUAUUUUUUGAAGUGGGAGAGGAAUGGGGAGGGCACGUUCCGCAUCCCCACCCCCACUUCAAGCUGCUACAGGUGAGGCGUGCAAACCAAGAAUGCUCUCAUGCUACCUCCAACUUUCUUGGGUGCCUGACACAAAAUGGGAACACAACUCUUGUGGGAUUCGGAACUUUGUGCUGCUUUUCGGGCUCGAGCAAAUACAGUGAGCUGGCACUGAGCUGAGCAUGUCUGAGAAUUUGGAAAGGCGGGGGCCUUCAGCUGGGCGACCACAUGUGGAAAGCAGAGCAGGGGGUUGGACUCAAUGCCCUUAUUGGCCCUUUCCGGCUCUACUGCCGUUCUCACCCUGAGCAUAGUUGUGGCAACCUAAGCAAUACCUCUGCUCUCCAAAACAUAAGUUGAAGAUCAUAAAGAUAAGUAAUAAGCCUAUAAAAAGUUGUCACAAAUAAUGGUGAGACGAGUCCAGCCAUUGCUUUACACUGUGCAAAUAGAUGUGGAUGCCCAGAGGGCAUCUUGGAGGCACGACACCUGAAUGUUUCCCAAGCUGGGUUCAGAGGCAUGUAUCCAACAUGAGUUCUCCUUAGGGGAGACUCACUGAAUGGAAUGAAAGUUAAGUUAGUCAUGACCAACUUACAUGGAUUUGCCCUUAAGUAGAACUAAGACUGGUUACAGCCCAGUGUUUCAGCCUCCUGUGGUCUGUAUGCUGAUGUAAAUUAACUUUGAUGCUCCAUCUGCUGUGUUAAUUCAGGCCUUCAUGCCAAAAUGAAAGGAUGUUUGUUCUGGCAGAUCAGGAAGCCCAAGCAAAGCAUCAGUGAUGAGUCUUCACUUGCAUCCCCAUUCCCAAAGCAACAGCUUCAGCCUCUGUUCACUCCCAAUAGUGGUGCCAUCUUGUGACUUGAAUCAAGAUAUGUGAACCCUGCUUGACUUCUGAGAAACAAGUGGCUGGAUUUUAAAUACAGUGUUAUUAGACUGUUGCAAUCCUGGGUAACACUAAGGAUAAUUUCUGAACAGCACUGAAGUAUAUGCUAUGAGAAAACACACAAGCUUUUUACCGUGAAAAGAAAUGGUUUUGCACUUGCCAAAAUUCAUGCUGGUUGAAAAGGUCAGGGAGGGAAUGACUUGCUUAGAGUUGGGAAAACUUGUGAAUAAUAAUCAGCAAAUUAUAAAAUUCCUUUUGUUCCUAAGUUGUUAGGGCAGGGGAAGACCUCAUCGCUUGCCUUUAUUGUUGCAGAUGGGCAGGUGACAUUGAACUGAGAAACAAAUGCUUUACAUAAUUUUGUUGAUUAAUGCACCUCCUCGAGUUUGAGUUGUAUCUGAUUUCAUGCUUUUAAUUCAUUAGCAAGGUUGCAGUGCAGUGUUAGAUCAUAUGCAUGGUGUGCAGAAGGCCCUACGUUCAAUGUGCAGCUCCCCAAUUAAUUGGAUCUCAAUUUAGAAAGACCUCUCUGAUGAGACCUAUGACUGGCCAACAGAGAUGGCAUUGUUCUAGAUGGACCAAUAGCCCAAGGUAGCGCCACCUGUGUUUUCUGCUGGUAGGAUUUAAGAACUAACAUCUGGGCUUUUCCAAAGUGCAUCUGCUGAAAUCCCAGCUUUCUUUCAGAUCUUGCAUCCAUGUGAAGUGGAAGCCGGUCAGGGCAGCCAUUGAAGCAACUAGAAUUAAUGUCUAGGAACUUUUUGGGUGUAUCGUUUAUGUAAAGAGACGUUUGAAUGCAGUGAAUAAGGGUGUAUACAGGUGGUCAUUUACAUCAGGGGUGGGGAAGCUGUGACCCUCUGAUUGUUGUUGGACUUUGAGGAGCAUCCGAUGGUGUCCAAGGAUUGCAUGCCAUUAUAUUCAUUCAUUCAUUCAAUUUAUAUCCUGCCUUUUUCCUACAAAGGGCUCAAGGCAGCUUACAUCAUUCUCCUCCUCCAUCUUAUCCCAUUAUAUGCCAGUGCAAGGGCGAUGGGGCAAGUCAGUCACCAAAAUGAACUAGAUUUUCCCAUUGUGCCAAGUGUUGGCUUGUGCUCGUGUCAAGAUAGUAGCACUAGACCUGAGGCACUGUUGGGUACUGCCCUGUGACUUGCAUUAUCCCUGACCAUUGGCCCUACGUGCUGGGGCUGAUGGGAGUUGCAGUCCAACAACAUCUGGAGGGCCUCCGGCUCCCAGCCCAGAUUUACAGGGGUGGCAGGUUACCACAUUGUAUGUUCCUGGCAACCAUUGAGGAAAAUGUCUGCCCAGGUUUAUCUCCUGGUGUAACCAUGUGAGCAAUGCUGCUCAUCACUAAGCGGCAUCACACGGACAGCUCUCUUCCAAGUUGCCACUUGCUUCCUGAGACAACCUACUGCCUGGAAACUAAUAGAAUUAUAUGUAUGAUUGUCUUUUGCCAUGGAUUAGUCUAGCAAUCCCCUGUUGCCUGUUGUCGUAGAGGGGGAUUGUCCAUGGGGUUUGCUGCAGUUGGGAACCUGUCGGUAUUGGGAACCUGGAGGAAGAGGAUGAAUGUAUCAUAUACAGAAAAUCACUACAUGAAAUUGGAAUUUUAAAAUUUACACUUCAGGAUGGUAGAAGUAAAUUGUUCUGGCAAAUUAAAAAGAAAAAGGCAUGCCUAUGUUUUUCUAACUGCUUGUGGGAUAUCCAUGCUGUCUAACUGGGUUUUGCCUUGUGGCAUGUCCCUUUCAUAGAUACUUCGCUGUGUUGGAUCUCAAAUAAUAUAACUGCUGCUAUUGCUGCAGAGACACAUAGCAAAGAGUUUCCAAAACUCUUCCUAUUAGAGAUUGAUAAGUUGAUCCAGCCACAGAGUCACUUUCCCCCUGCUCUUCAUUGCCACAUGGCAGUAGUUUGUAAAGCCAAAUCUGGGCAUAUUGAAUUGACACCAAACACAUAACUGAGCAUAUGAUGAGUUAACUUUUUCAUGGAAAUGCAGUCAUCAAAACAGCAGGGGUAGUGGGUCCUUGUAAAUUCAUAUUGUUGCAUAAUUGGAAACGUGCUUAAGGUUGGGUUCAUGUGCCCUGUGACAAAAUGUAGAAGUAGCCAUAACAUGGUAAAUAUUGAUCUGUGAGCAUCUCCAUCUAGCUUGAUAGGUUUUUGUCUAAUAAUUCACAGAAUCAUCUUUGAUUCUAUUUCCCAGGAGUCUUUCAGCCUCCUUCAAAUGGGCAAGUUUGGAAUAGGUGGUUCAAACAAAGUUCUCUCCUCUCCCCCAAUUCUCCACCAUAGCAAGGUGGGAAUUCCAGUCCCCAAGUCUAAAUAGGGUUCUCUUUUGGAAUAUACUGUAACAAAAAGAAAAUGUAAGCUCGGUGGGUGGACCGCAUUGAGGUGGCAGGAUUGUAUCUGCCACAGUUCCUAGAUCUCUUCACAUGGAUGUAAUAUUUGUUUGGGCAGUGUUCCCUGACCUGGUGCCAUCCAAAUGCUUUAGACUUUAAUUUCCGUCAGUCUCAACCAGCAUGGCCAAAGGUCAAGGAUGCUGGGAGUUGCAGUCCAAAAUUCUGGAGCACACCAGGUUGAAGGAGGCCAGUAUAGGUCCUGCAGAGGUAGACCCAAGCUUCACAGUUGUUAAUUUCUGUCCAGCCUGGGGAAUGGCCCUAUUAACCUGAUCCAAAUAUGAGGCAUUUUAGCCACCUAUGCCAAUAGUGUGUCUUCAUGUGGCUGGCCAGUGGGCCCAGAGGUGUGGUUCAGGCAUGCUUGUUGCGUGGACCUGGUUCUCCCAUGCAAGUGGCUCAGACUGGGUCUAUAAAGGUAAUUGAUUACAGCCGUGCUUGUAUUAUGUCCUCUGCAGGGGGUUGGACUCAAUGGCCUUCAUGGCCACUUCCAACUCUUCUAUGAUUCUGUGCCAGAUGUAAUUAAACCAAAGACGAAGCCACAUAACUCCAGACACCCAUUCUUAAGGUCCCUCUAAUGCAGAAGUUAAAUUUCCAGUUCUAUACACGAUACAAUUGGUUAAAACUUCAUCCUGAUACUUUAAAAAAUAUUCUGCACAUUUCUGGUAGUGAAUUCAUUUGGGUUACCCCCCCCCCCCACCGCCCCAGCUGAGCCAUUGCUUUCUGCACACCUGAGGUACAGAACUCUAGUCCAGAGCUCAACUCAAGUCCUCGCGGGGUCCAGAUCUGGCCAAACCACUUCCCCAUGUCCCAUCUCUUUGCUCAGCUACCAAUCUUCAGGUGAUUUCCCAACUUUUGUGCAGUUUUCCCCCAUUCUAAAGCGUUGAAACACCUCUCUGAAUGUUUAGUGGCUGGCAGUAGGAGCUUUAAGCUACAGUAUGUUGCUAUUUUGGUUUUGCCUGUAGGUCUACCCAGCCCUGGAAAAAAAAGCUGCAUCAAAAUGGACUCUGGCCCUCAGACUGAGUGAGGUUCACAAACUACAGCUUGGUUCUGCGUGGUUGCAAGAAGUUGCUUUCUUUCAGUGACGUCAAAUUGCCGUAUUUGUUUUGAUUGCAUGGUGAUCGAGCAAAUGUGGCUGCUGGAAUGUCUAUCUGCUUGGAGAGAAUCAUGUAGCAUCACUCUUAAAACCCAAUUAAACCACAAUCUACAGGACAAUUUUAACACAAAGUCUCUGCACAAGUCUGAAUCGAUUUUUUAAAAAACGAUUCAGCAUGUAUCCAGAAUGUGAACCAACAUAGUUGACUUCCAUUCACUCUGAAAGAUUUUUCAGACCAAUUGUAGAAAUGUCUUUGUGAGAUCAGUAACCAGAUGUGUUUAUUGUGGGGGCUGGAGGUGGGGGAGAAUCGGCAUGUGUUGAUUUCAGCCUGAGGAAAAUUCAUCCUGCAGAUCAGCUCUGGGGCUCUUUCACACAGAACUUGUGGGCAAAACAAGGUCUGUCUGGGGCUUUGUGCUCAUUAAGAAAGUAACCAGUCACAACUCUCUGAUGAGUGCAUUAGCAUGUUCUGCACACCACACUCCGUUUUAAAGCAUACACUCCAAGUUGUAAUAUGUGAGUGGCCCUUGAAUAAGUUGAAGAAAGCAUUUUCUCUGAAUGUUUACAGAUAACUCUUUUUUAAAUGUACAGGUGCAAGAUGCUACUGAUUUUUCAUUUUGCUACGUCGAUGCUAGUUCGUCUGCUCUUUCUUGGAAUCCAGCAAAUGUAUACAUGACUUUGCAGCUGUAAAAAGUACAUUAACUACCUGUUCACUUUCUGAUGUGCCCCUUGCUGAAUUGUGCCUAACAAUUUGCUGUUACGCUGCUGAAAGUUUUUUCUGCUGUUCAAAAAAGAAAUAGAAAAGUUCACAGGAUCAUUGAUUUCAUCUGCAUGCGACACAAAUGCAAGAUGAGCAGUAUCAGAGUGUAGCUGAAAUUCAACUGUGUAUAAAUGAAAACUGUUUCACUGAGUUUUAGAUAUUUAGUUCUCAUGUCUUUUAUUGCCACAUCCACUUUUGAAUUCUGUAUAAUUUUCAGAUCCAUCAUUCCCUUCAAUCCAUAGAUCAUGGGGUUCCCCCAAUGUCUUUUGGAUUUUUUUUAAUGGUAAUUUAUUUCCUUUGGUUGAUAGGCAAUUUAUCUGUACAUUUUUGUUCCCAAGUGAUGUUGUGGAUGUCUUUCAAAACAAAUAAAUGGUUAUUUUAUAUAAUUUUAUCAUACAUUUGCUCUAAUAAAUUGUUCUUUUUUGUUUUCCA